AACCCCGCCCCUCUGCAGCGAGAACGGGAGCUGCAUCGAAACAUCGGCAAAGCUCCCAUGGUCAGCCGUGCGCCGCCGUAGCGCCAACACCAACGGAAACACAAGAGUCGACCGAGCAGGCCGCCAGCAGCAGUAGCAGCUGCAGCAGCCAACCCCAUCAUCGGAGUACCCAAAAAAAAAGAAAAAUUGCUCGCAACCGCUACAGGCGUACACUCUCACUGGGGAGCGAGCACCGCGCUAGCAGCUAGGCUAACAGCUAACGACAUGGCGAGCGCUUCAUAUCACAUCUCCAACCUGCUGGAGAAAAUGACCUCCAGCGACAAAGACUUCAGGUUUAUGGCCACAAACGACCUGAUGACAGAACUGCAGAAAGAUUCCAUCAAACUGGACGACGACAGCGAGAGGAAGGUGGUGAGGAUGAUUCUCAAGCUGCUGGAGGACAAGAACGGGGAAGUCCAGAACUUGGCUGUUAAAUGCCUGGGCCCGCUGGUGAGCAAGGUGAAAGAGUACCAGGUGGAGACCAUCGUGGACACGCUGUGCACCAACAUGCUGUCCGACAAAGAGCAGCUGCGAGACAUCUCCUCCAUCGGACUCAAGACUGUCAUCGGGGAGCUACCCCCUGCGUCCAGCGGCUCGGCCCUGGCCGCCAGCGUGUGCAAGAAGAUCACGGGCCGACUGACCAGCGCCAUCGCCAAGCAGGAGGACGUGUCCGUGCAGCUGGAGGCGCUGGACAUCAUGGCCGACAUGCUGUGCAGACAGGGGGGGCUACUGGUCAACUUCCAUCCGUCCAUCCUCAGUUGCCUGCUGCCUCAGCUCACCUCGCCCAGGCUGGCCGUCCGCAAGCGGACCAUCAUGGCGCUGGGCCACCUGGUCAUGUCGUGCGGCAACCUGGUCUUCAUCGACCUUAUCGAGCACCUGCUGAGCGAGUUGGGGCGCAAUGACAACAUGUCCACCACCAGGACCUACAUCCAGUGCACAGCCGCCAUCAGCAGGCAGGCCGGACACCGCAUCGGAGAGUACCUGGAGAAGAUCAUCCCGCUGGUGGUCAAGUUCUGCAACGUGGACGACGACGAGCUGCGCGAGUACUGCAUCCAGGCCUUCGAGUCCUUCGUCAGGAGGUGUCCCAAAGAGGUGUACGCCCACGUGCCCACCGUCAUCUCCAUCUGCCUGCGCUACCUGACCUACGACCCCAACUACAACUUUGACGACGAGGACGAGGACGACAACGCCAUGGACGCCGAGCAGAACGACGAAGAUUACCAAGGCAGCGACGACGAGUACAGCGACGACGACGACAUGAGCUGGAAGGUUCGGCGGGCGGCGGCCAAAUGCCUGGACGCCGUGGUCUCUACGCGCCACGAGAUGCUACCAGAGUUCUACCGCUCUGUGUCCCCCGCGCUCGUCUGUCGCUUCAAGGAGAGGGAGGAGAACGUGAAGGCAGACGUGUUCCACGCCUACCUGUCCCUGCUCAAGCAAACGCGGCCCGCUCAGAGCUGGCUGACCGACCCGGACGCCAUGGAGCAGGGGGACACGCCCCUCACCAUGCUGCAGAGUCAGGUGGCCAUGAUCGUGAAGGCCCUGCACAAGCAGCUGAAGGAGAAGAGCGUGAAGACGCGCCAGUGUUGCUUCAACAUGCUGACGGAGCUGGUCAACGUGCUGCCGGGAGCGCUGACGCAGCACAUCCCCGUGCUCAUACCAGGGAUCAUCUUCUCCCUCAACGACAAGUCGAGCAGCUCCAACUUGAAGAUUGAUGCGCUGGCGUGCCUCCACGUCAUCAUGGUGGCGCACCCGGCCCGCGCCUUCCACACGCACGUGCCUGCACUGGUGCCCCCCGUGGUGGCGUGCGUGGGGGACCCCUUCUACAAGAUCACCUCGGAGGCGCUGCUGGUCACGCAGCAGCUGGUCAAGGUCAUCCGACCCCUCGACGGCCAGUCGGAAGGCUCGGACAGCUUUGACCCCUCCCCCUACAUCGACGACCUGUUUGGCUGUACGAUCAGACGCCUCAAGGCCGCCGACAUCGACCAGGAAGUCAAAGAGCGCGCCAUUUCCUGCAUGGGGCAGAUCAUCUGUAACCUAGGCGACCACCUCCCCUCUGAACUCCACGGAACGCUCUUGAUCUUUUUGGAACGUCUGAAGAAUGAGAUCACCCGCCUCACCACAGUUAAAGCUUUGACCCUGAUCGCCGGCUCCCCGCUGAAAAUCGACUUGCGGCCCGUCCUGCCCGACGCCGUCCCCAUCCUGGCCUCCUUCCUGCGCAAGAACCAGCGAGCGCUCAAGCUCUGCACGCUCGCCGCGCUCGACAUCCUGCUCAGGAACUACAGCUCGGCGGUGACGCCGGCCAUGGUGGACGCGGUGUUGGCCGAGCUCCCGCCGCUGAUCUCGGAGAGCGACAUGCACGUGUCGCAGAUGGCGCUGAGCUUCCUGUCCACGCUGGCCGCGACGCACCCGUCGCUGCUGGGCCGGCUGAGCGGCGGCAACAUCCUGGCGCAGCUCAUCGCGCUGGUCAGGUCGCCGCUGCUACAAGGCGGCGCCCUCGCUGCCAUGUUGGACUUUUACCAGGCCCUGGUGUCGACGGACACGGCCGGCCUCGGCUACAUGGACCUGCUGCGGAUGCUGACGGGUCCGGUUUACUCUCAGAGCGCGGCGCUGCCUCACAAGCAAGCCUACUGCUCCAUCGCCAAAUGCGUGGCGGCGCUCACCAGGGCGCGGCCGGCCGAGGGCCCGGCCGUGGUCGGCCAGUUCAUACAGGAUGUGAAAAACAGCCGCUCGACCGACUCCAUCCGGCUGCUGGCGCUCCUCUCCUUGGGCGAGGUGGGCCACCACGUGGACCUGAGCGGCCAACCGGAGCUCAAGACCGUCAUCCUGGACGCCUUCUCGUCUUCCAGCGAGGAGGUCAAGUCGGCGGCCUCGUACGCGCUGGGCAGCAUCGCCGUGGGGAACCUUCCGGAAUAUCUGCCCUUCGUCCUGCAGGAGAUCUCCUCGUCCAAGCGGCAGUACUUGCUGCUGCACUCGCUCAAGGAGAUCAUCAGUUCGGCGUCUGUGUCGGGCUUGAAGCCGUACGUGGAGUCGGUGUGGACGUUGCUGCUCAAGCACUGCGAGUGUCAGGAGGAAGGAACACGCAACGUGGUGGCCGAGUGCUUGGGCAAACUCGCCCUCAUCAACCCUGAAACGCUGCUGCCGCGCCUCAAAGGCUACCUGCUCUCGGGCUCGUCGUACGCCCGAAGCUCGGUGGUGACGGCCGUCAAAUUCACCAUCUCGGACCAGCCGCAGCCCAUCGACCCGCUGCUGAAGAACUGCAUAGGUGACUUCCUGAAGACGCUGGAGGACCCCGACCUGAACGUGCGGCGCGUGGCCUUGGUGACCUUCAACUCGGCGGCCCACAACAAGCCCAGCCUCAUCCGAGAGCUUCUGGACUCGGUCCUGCCGCGGCUCUACAACGAGACCAAAGUGCGCAAGGAGCUCAUUCGCGAGGUGGAGAUGGGCCCGUUCAAGCACACGGUGGACGACGGGCUGGACCUUCGCAAGGCGGCCUUCGAGUGCAUGUACACGCUGCUGGACAGCUGCCUGGACCGCAUCGACAUCUUCACCUUCCUCAACCACGUGGAGGACGGCCUCAAGGACCACUACGACAUCAAGAUGCUGACCUUCCUCAUGCUGGCCCGCCUGUCCUCGCUCUGUCCCAGCGCCGUCCUGCAGAGGUUGGACCGACUGGUGGAGCCUCUCAGGGCCACCUGCACCACCAAGGUGAAGGCCAACUCGGUGAAGCAGGAGUUUGAGAAGCAGGACGAGCUGAAGCGUUCGGCAAUGCGAGCGGUCGUCGCUCUGCUGACCAUCCCCGAGGCAGAGAAGUCGCCGCUCAUGUCAGAGUUCCAGUCGCAGAUCUCGUCCAAUCAGGAGCUGGCGGCCAUCUUUGACUCCAUCCAGAGGGAUUCCAGCUCGGCCAACAUGGAGUCCAUGGACACCAGCUAGGCCAACCCGCCCAACCUCGUGUGGACGGAUGGAUGGAUGGACAUACGCACCAUGCGACGGGGCACCCUGCUGCCGGAACGACAACCUCUUGGCAUGUUCCCUUGACAACACGCACACACACACACACACACACACGUAGUUACACACCCUCCUCGUGAUCGGUCGUUCCCAUGAUGCAUCGCACUGAAAUCAACGCUUGGAAAAGUCGUGCGGCCACACGGACAAAACAAAACAUGUUCAUCGGCAGGAUUGGAAGCUCCUCCCGUUUUUUUUCAUCGUGGCUUUUUUUUUUUUUUCCUUCUCUCUCUCUCUCGUUUGUUUGCCAAGAGGACAACGUGUACCGUGACACGAUCGGUCGCCGUUGCGUUAGGAACUGUUCAAGUGACACUGCCUGCCUAGCUGUUGGGAGUUUACUAGCUUUGUGGCUUAGUUGUUUUUCUCCUCAUGGGAUGGCAUUGUUCUCCUUUUUGGACCGUUCGGCCACUCCACGACCCCCCCUCCCUCCUUCACACCAACUUGCCGCCUCCUGAAGAAGAAAGAGAGGAUGUUAAAGGUGCAGCGUGUUCGCAGGGUCGCUUGUUGUCACCACGAGAACGUUUGCGACCGGUUCUGUCAUGUUAGAACCGGUCAGUUGUUGUUUUUUUUGCCCAAAAGGAAGAAUUAAAGGUUCAUUUCUGCCUGCCUU